CCGUAGAGCUCUCUCUCUCUCUCUCUGUCUCUCUCUCUCUCUCUCUCUCUCUCUCCUUUCCUUUGCGAAUUCUAUCUGUAAGAUGUCGCCGGUCGAAGAAGAAUCGAAAGACGUCGUCGAUUCUCUAUCCGACGUCAUGAAGGAGAUCUCGGAGCUUCCCGAAUGCCGGCAUCCGGCGAAGAAGCAGUACGGCAGUCUGGUGAGGAGGUUGAAGCUCCUGAGUCCUCUCUUCGAGGAAUUGAAGGACCGUGAAGAUGAGGCGUUGACGGCGUCGGCAUCAGCAUCGGCGUCGUCUUCCGCCGUCGGAGAGGAAGAGUUUCAAGCUCUCGUCUCGUUGAAGCUUGCGCUGGAUUCGGCCUAUGAACUUCUUCAAUCUGUCAAUGAGGGGAGCAAACUCUAUCAGGCUUUAGAAUGGGAGAAAACUUCAAGUAGAUUUCUUGAGGUGACAGAACAACUUGAGAAUGCGUUGAGUCAGAUUCCGUAUGACAAACUAAAUAUAUCAGAAGAAGUUCAAGAACAGAUUGAACUUGUGCAUGCUCAGUUCAGACGAGCAAAAGGAUGGACGGACACGCCUGAUUCACUACUUUUCGAAGAUUUAUCCCAUGCAAUGAAUGAAAAGGACACAGACCCAGCCAUCCUAAGAAGACUCUCAGAAAAGCUUCAUAUCAGAACCAUUAAUGAUCUCAAGAAGGAGUCGGUUGCUCUCUGUGACAUGGUUAUUGCAGGUAGUGGAGAUCCUGAAGUCAACAUCGAUGAUAUGUCGGCCUUGCUGAAGAAACUAAAAGACUGCAUGCUCUCAGAAAACACAGACACAGACAUGUCUGGAAAUGAGAAAAGCAUAGCAAGACAUAGAUCUCCAGUCAUUCCAGAUGAUUUCCGAUGCCCGAUAUCUCUUGAAUUAAUGAAAGACCCUGUCAUUGUCUCGACAGGACAGACAUAUGAACGGUCCUGCAUCCAGAAAUGGCUUGAUGCUGGACACAAGACCUGUCCUAAGACGCAGCAGACUCUGUCACACACUGCCCUCACACCCAACUAUGUUUUGAAGAGUCUAAUUGCCCAGUGGUGCGAGAGCAAUGGUAUUGAGCUCCCCAAAAGACAAGGUACUUGUAGAAACAGAAAAUCAGGCAGUUGUGCUUCAGAGUGUGACCGGAAAGCUAUAGGUGCGCUGUUGGAGAAAUUACUGAAUGGCGGCCAAGAUGAUCAGAGAGCAGCUGCCGGUGAGCUUCGGUUGCUGGCAAAGAGGAAUGCAGAUAACAGAGUGUGUAUUGCAGAGGCAGGAGCAAUUCCAUUGCUCGUAGAACUGCUAGCAUCACCAGAUCCUAGAACACAGGAACAUGCAGUUACUGCGCUCCUUAACCUUUCCAUAAAUGAUAUUAACAAAGGAAGUAUAGUUAAUGCGGGAGCAAUUCCUGAUAUAGUUGACGUGCUAAAAAAUGGCAGCAUGGAAGCAAGGGAGAAUGCCGCUGCUACCCUUUUCAGCUUAUCCGUUAUAGAUGAGAACAAGGUAGCAAUAGGUGCCGCAGGGGCCAUCCCUGCUCUAAUUGACCUCCUCUGCCAGGGGAGCCCAAGAGGCAAGAAAGAUGCUGCGACUGCAAUUUUCAAUCUGUCAAUCUAUCAGGGUAACAAGGUGAGGGCUGUGAGGGCGGGGAUUGUGGCCCCGUUGAUGAGGCUAUUGGUGGAUGCUGGGGGCGGGAUGGUGGAUGAGGCACUUGCAAUACUGGCUAUCCUGGCAAACCAUCAGGAGGGAAAGCUGGCGAUUGGCCAGGCAGAGCCGAUACCGAUUUUGGUGGAGGUGAUGAGGACUGGGUCCCCACGCAAUAGGGAGAAUGCUGCGGCUGUGUUGUGGUCACUCUGCAGUGGUGAUGCACAGCAGGUAAGGGUUGCAAGGGAGCUUGGGGCAGAAGAAGUACUGAAGGAAUUGACUGAAAAUGGCACUGAUCGGGCGAAGAGGAAAGCGGGGAAUCUCCUGGAUCUCAUACACCAGAAUGUCGAGAUGGUUGUUUCCCAGUGAAAAAUCUGAACAGCCUCUCCAUCUGAUGGAGUAGUUAUUUGAUUGGUCUUUUCUGCUGCUGUUAGAAUUGUGAAACAUAGGCUUUUGAGUGAUGUUGUAUUGGAUGCUGUUUGCAGAUCAUGGAAAGCUUUUGUUCCUUCACAUGUGGUAUAUGAACGGAUAAUUGAUUUGUUCGUGUAAUUAAAGUGGAUAUUUGAAGAUGAA